CCGAAAUGGAUACACCAAGGAAUCGUUGUACCCUGCUCCGACUGCUUACCAUCCUCGUCCUGAUACGAGCGGCCACGGGUGGAAAGUACUCCCGAUUUCGACUAGCUGACGUGCAGCGCAAUGCAGCCACCAAUGUGCCGUGCACUUGUGCCAUCUUCCUCACCGGCCAGUUUAACCGUUUCAAUCGCACGGAACAGCCGAAAGGAAAUCCUGGAAUACAGCUGGAGCUGAUGCAGCACUUCCCCUGCACCGCAGCGGGCAACAAGCAGUGUGCGAACAAAUGUUUGGACUCGAUCGUGAAGCAUCUGCACAACUCGCAGAACGUCAUCUGCGCCACCAUUGAUCGGGACUGCUUCCGGGAGCGAGCCUACCUGUUCUACCAAAACUGUGCGCCCCGCUGGGUGAACAGUAACCUCUCGGCGGGCAAGGAGUUCUGCUGCCAGAAUGACAAACCGAUGCGAUGCAACCUGAUGGCGGAGCUGAUACGGCAAUCGCUGCUAGAAAACGAGGCCACCAACAACGGCACCACCAGCAGCGGUAGUUCCGACGAGCAAAGCACAGCCAACCGGUGAUAUAUCUUAAAUAAAUAGCGCACACAUCACUACAG